UGGAAAAAGUGCAUUUCAGAAAAUGCAUUUGGUUUAACUCAAAUAAAAACGUUUAGCUAAUAGUUAUAAAAACGUUUAAGCUACAAAAUGUCACAGGUGACGUCGCAGACGACGCAAAGCGCUUCUGCGGUGCAAGCGAGCAGCAGACGUCUGCCAAACAAUGAUCCUAGUGUAUGCGUGGGCGGCUUCGGCGAUACGGAGUGGGAAGCUCGUGAGUCGCAGCGUCAACGGGAGUUACAUGAGGCGCGCGCUCGUGCGGCACAGAUGGAAAAGACUAUGAAGUGGUGGUCUGACUGCACUGCCAAUUGGCGUGAGAAAUGGAGUAAGGUGCGUAACGAGCGUAACAAGGCGCGCGAGGAAUCUAAGCAAUUGGGCAUCAAACUGGAGGUCGCCAUGAAGGAAACGCAUUCGCUAAAACGCGAGAAAAAUGAUCUGGAGCAGCAGAUAACGCAGCUCAAAAAGGAAAUGGAAAAGGUGCACACGCUGAUGAUGAUGAAGCAUGCCGGUCAAUUUCAUCGCGCCGAUACCAACGAGGAGGCGGAGGCCAAUAGACGCGAUGCCAACUGCUCGCCAGACAUUUCUUCAGAUGGCCUGAAAAAUGUAAAUAGUGAGGAUGGUCUGGUCACCAAGCUACCCAAUGAUGUGAAAGAUUUGGAUAUAGAAGAGUUUGCUUUGAAGGGCGCUAUGCCGAAACAUUUAAGCGAGCUGGACAAGGCGGCUGAAGAGAAACGCUUGAUACAGCAGCUGUCUAAAGAUGACUUUGAUGAGGAGUACUUUCUGCAAAAGAUAUCGAUGUUGCAAUUGCGUUUGGAUGAGGCACAAAAGACCCUGCAAUUGGAAAGAGAUGAAAAGCAUGAAUUGCAUAAAAACUUGGAGAAGAUAACAUUGGAGCUGCAGGAUGUGCGCAGCAGACAGGAAGAGCUGCGGUCUGCUAAGCAGGAUGCAGUGCGUGAGCUCUUGACGUUGCAGGAGCAACAUCGCGCGGAAAUGCGUAUUGAAAUUGGCGCACGUGAAAAUCUGGAGCGUCGGCUUGGCGAGCUGCGCACUGAGCUGGAGCAUUUGCAGGCAGAGAAUGCUACCGAAUGGGGCAAACGCGAACGUCUGGAGUCUGAAAAGUUAGCGCUAGAGCGCGACAAUAAAAAAUUACGUGCCGAGCUACGUGACUAUCAAGAGCGCUCGGAUCGUAAAUGUCGACCCAUGCAGUCCAAUGAUGUGGAGCUGCGCGCCUUGCAACAGGAACUCUCGGAUCGCAACAAGGAGAUUAGUGAAGUUAAGUUGUCGCAUGCUAAACUAAAAAAGCUGCUGGCUGAGUCCAACACUGAGCUGGGACAUGCGGUGCGCAGAGCUGAACAAUAUGAGGCAGAGGUAAAACGCCUCCGCCAACGAGUAGAGGAGCUAAAGCGUGAACUAGCUGGCGCUGAGGAUGAGCUGGAUUCGGCUGUUAACCAAGUGCGUCGACUGCAGCGCUCCAAUGAUGAGCUAGUGGGUCAAGCCGAAGGUCUGCAAGUGCAGCUGCAGCAUGUGCAAAACAGACGUGCGCCAAGUCCUCAGCUACGCGGCAUGGGGGGCGUGCAGUUGAGGAAUAAGAUUGCCGUUGAGCUGCCCAGCGAGUGCUUGCCGAACAUAAACGAUUUGCGUCAGAUCUUUGAUGAUACACACGCCGGCAUGCGGAGCUCUCACAAUGGCUGCGACACGGCUGCAGCGCAUCAUGCUGCGUCGGUUAAGCGCUCGAGUCACACGGAGCGCACGCUGUUGCAACAACAGCAAAGCAAUGCGGCAGCUGCGGCGGCGUUUUAUGAUGCCAAGACAACGCACUUUGAGGAGAAUAUAUUUGAGAGUAAAUCACGUAAUUUGGAGUUUGAGCGUGCCAAGCAAAAGUUUGACAAUCCACAUCAUCAUCACAAUCAUCAGCGGCAGCAACGUAGUGGCAAUCGUGCCAAUCUUGCGUUGCCGCUUAAGUGCAGCAACAAUGUCAACACUGCCAACAAGGACGAGCUCAACAGGCAGGUCUAUGAUCAGGAUCAGCUGAAUGCUGGCUAUGCACGCAAUAGCGUCAAUUUAGAUGGUCUUAAGGUAUCCGACGAUGAGACUCCGUAGUUAUGGCUCGACUAGUUUGCUGCUAGAGGAUGAAACCGAGGGAAACAGCGAUUGAGAGCUUGCUAGUUAUAUACGCAUAU